UUGGAAUAUGCGAUCAUUCCCUCCGAAUCCAAAAAUAAACAACCACCAUCCAACCUUUUGCCCAUUUUGAUUCUCCCUGCGUUUGGAAAAUCAAAACGUUAACUUGCGUCGAUGAGUCCAGCCGCCCGAUCUCCCAGCCAUAAGAAGACCGAUAAAAUGGUUAAAAAGACCAGUGGGAGUAAAAAGAAGGCUCAUGGGAUAGGAUCGCUUAGACCAAAGAAGGCAGCGUCGAUGCCAGAGCUUGGAGAAUGUAGCGGAAAUAUCAGAUCGGGACGAAUUUUGAACCUACCAAAAAUCUCAAAGAGCCGAGAAAACUUUUCGUCAAGUGUUAGCCAAUCCAUCCCAAUCACCAAUUCGACGACAGGACUCUCAUCGCCAGGAUGCCUGCGCAUUCUCGAAAAAUUGUCGGAGCUGAUAACUAAUCCGUGGUCACCCUCACAUCCAAAUGGUCUACCACCUAGACCUCCUUCAUCGACUUCGUCCCGCAGUUCCGCUUCUACAAAAACGGAAACCGCAUCCGUUCGUCGAGCAAGUGACCCGCCAUUCACAUCAGCCCGAUGGAAACACGAUAAGCGUAAAACCAGGAGUUACCCAAAUGUUGGCCUGGCACGACGAGGAAGUGACGGGAGUUUGCCCGAGUUGUCGAUUGGAAGGCACGGUGUCAGGAGAAGGUCCGGCUCGAGAUCGGGUGAUGAUGAAACUGGUGUAGAGGUAGGAGGUUCGAGACUCCGGGACGGCAGUGGUCCGGUGGAUGGUCCGCGAAGUGCACCAGGAACACCACCCAUUUCUGCUGACGUGCGGAAUAAGAUUGGAAAACAGUUCUUGGCCCUGAAGCGUUUGAUGGACAAGGAGGGCGUUCAUGCCGAUUCACCGCUCCAAAAGACUCUGUUUUCAAAGUCAUCCCCAAAUAUCAGUUUGCUGGUCAAAUGCCUUCGGAUCCUUCUGGAUGUAGACAUAUGUAUCAUUAUAACCAACCUACUGAUCCGUCUCACAACGACAACUGACAGCAACGCAAACAACACAGCGUUCAUGGCCAAGAAAGGACUGGCCGUUGCACUAUUAAAGUGCUUGCAGAGCCUGCAUGGAGAGUACUUGAGCGGUGAUAUUGGGGUUGGUCCACCAAAUCAUCAUCAGAGAGUGGAUGAAUUGAUGGGAAACCUAUUUGUGCUGGUGGUGAGGGUUGCAAAGUAUGAUACCAAGAUACCCCUUUUGGCACGUCUACACGGUGCUGUUCCAACCACCAUUAUGACCAUUCGACGCUGGAACGAGCGCAAAGAGUAUGGCCUAAUGAUGCAUGGAUUUCAGGCUCUUCGGAUAUACGCUACCAAGAACGAAAACAAUGUUGUGACAAUCAUCAAGAGCAACAUUGCGACCCUCAUGGCUACAAUGAUCAAAAGCCCAACGAGUCCAAUAAAGUUGGACUGUCUGCUGGACUUGUUGACGAUACUAGCUAAAUCAAAACCGGGUGCCAUUCAAAUUUUGUCUUCCUUUACAAUUGCCCAUCUCAUAUCGCUUUUCAAGAACGCAUCAACCGACGCGGUCCAACGUGCCGUAUUGAAGCUACUGAAGGCAAUUGUUGAGACGGAUGAAGGCAAGAAGGCUUUUGUGGAGGAUAAUGGUAUUGCUGUUCUGACGGAGGCAUUGGAUGGGGUCAUUCAAGCAUCCGAAUCCUCCCCCAGCCAAAUUCCAACAGGCCAAAACACCAUCCCGACAUUACUCGUAACUCUCCUCCGCUCCGCCGUGUCCCAAACUGAUCUACCUUUCCUGGAGCGCUACCAGUAUCUCAGCUUCCCGCUGCCACUAGCUGCAGAAGAAAACGGCGACAACGCAGAGGCAAAAACAGAUGUUGAUGACGAUGAGAGUACAUCGCUUCGACAGUUCUGUCCCGAGCUUGAGCUCCAUGACGGAAUACCGUCAAUGACCCCAUUGCCCAUGGGAAACAUCCAAGUGCGACAUGUCCAGCCGAUGAGUGGGCGGCACCUUGUGUCGAGCAAAUGCGUAGCGGAAACCGAGGGAACCUACAAGAGACCUAUGAAUCUAGUUAGGAAGUCCGUUUACGACCAAAUGACUCGGGUGCUCCAUCCUAAUGCUUCCCAAAAUCAACUGAUAUAUGAUGUAAUGGAUGAGACCAUUGCAGCGGGUAUAUCGGGCAACACACUCCAAUUUGAGUCUCGUUUCGAGAGCGGUAAUCUACAAAUGGCGGUUAAGAUAUCCGACUACGAGUAUGAUCUCUUGCUUCAAACAGAUAUCAACAGUUCACCAGGGAAGCAUAACCAGUGGUUUUAUUUUUGCGUUCAACGCAUGGUCCCAAAUACGCCGUAUAAAUUUAACAUUGUAAAUAUGAGUAAACCAAAUAGUCAGUUCAAUCAAGGAAUGCAACCUGUCAUGUUCUCCCGUGAGGAAGGUUGCUGGAGACGUGUCGGGGACGCUAUCUAUUAUUACAAAAACCAUUAUGCAUUUCCCACACAAUACGAGUCAGAAUAUACAUUCGCUACCCUGACAUUCACCAUAACGUUCUCAUAUGCAGGGGACAGCUGUUAUUUUGCAUAUCACUAUCCAUACACUUAUUCAGACCUUCAGCGGUCCCUGUUCCAUCUUCAGCUCUCCUCGACCUUUGGCGAGCGAUGCAGGAGACAAACCUUGUGCAGAACAUUGGGUGGGAAUGAGUGUCCUCUGCUUACUGUUACAGAUUUUAGCCCUGCUUCCACGGCAACAAACCCAAUAUCAGAGCGAGUAUAUGUUCUCCUCAGUGCACGGGUCCACCCCGGCGAAUCCAACUCCUCCCAUAUAAUGCACGGCUUACUAAACUACCUGCUGUCCGAUGCGGAAACGGCGAUCGACUUGCGAAAACGCUGCGUGUUCAAGAUUGUUCCCAUGCUGAAUCCAGAUGGGGUUGUCAAUGGAAGUCACCGAUGCUCGCUUGCGGGAGUAGAUCUGAAUCGCCAAUGGAAACGUCCAGACCGGAGGAGGGCGCCAACUAUCUGGUGGGUAAAAAGGCUGUGGAAGUUCUUGGUAGAUGAAGGAAAGCGGGUUUUGCUUACGUGCGACUUUCACGGUCACUCGCGGCGCAAAAAUAUGUUUAUCUUUGGCUGCGAAAAUACUCCAGGCAGCGACGUGGAAAAUCUGGAAAAGACCUUCCCAACUCUGCUCUCGACGUUAUCACCAACGUUUGAUAUGUCACUCACUCGCUUUGAUGUGACACCGUCCAAGGAAACCACAGCUCGAGUGGUUCUGUGGCGCGAAAUGGGCAUCUUAAACUCGUUCACAUUGGAGAGUAGUUAUUGCGGGGGGGAUUUCGGCGAGAAAAAGGGACUCCAAUUUCAACCCGCCGAUCUGCGUCAAGCCGGAAUAGAUUUCUGUCGAGCAUUACGGGCUUUUCUUGAUAUUCCUCCUUGGAACUCUAGCUCUCCGUUCCCGACCGCAGCGCCUUUGGUACCUUCUGUCCGCUCUGCAUCGGCUAGUGUAGUUAAAACUUCUGUCGUUGUAGAGUCUGAAGUAGGGCAGGUGGAAGCUGAGGUCCACCUAGAGGUUUCCGCGGAGAUAUCCGUGGGAGAAGAACAAGGAAAUACGCUUGCAUAA